AUGGUGUUUGGUGCUUCACGUAUGGAUUCUGAAGGUUGGUGUGACAUAUUCAGAAAGGACAGGGCAACUGGCGAGAACGCUACAGGAUUUGUUGAUGCGGUAAACGGUGUUUUCAACAUACCUUCAUCCUCGACUACUCCAAAUGCGCCUAGAAGAUCAGAAACCAACAAUAAUACUUCCCCACCGGAAGUACAUAUGCAAGAGGAGUCAAAUGUGCAUGUUGGGGAGUCAAAUUUGCAUGUUGACAGAGAAAAGAGGUCUAGAAAAAAGAAAAAAAAAGUCGUGGAGGAAGACGAUCAAUUUUUGGGGAUGUUGCCGUCAUUCUGCAAGGUGACUGCGACGAACAAAUCAAACAUGCUGGUCAGGGUCGGUCAUGCCCACGAUGCGACCGAAAGACGUGGCAAGGUGUACGAUGUGUUAAAAAAUAUGCCCAACCUAACCAUGGAGGAGAGACUACUAGCCACCAAAUACCUUUGCAACAAGACUGAAGACCUGGACAUGUUUUUUAGCCUCGAUGACGAGGUGCAGGUGAAAAUGGUUCAGAUAAUUAUUGAAAAAAUGUCUUAA